AUGCCUGACGAUGGUAUCUGUGUGAGCGCAACAUGGAACAAACACGGUGUCACUGUGGCUGGAGGAUUUGGGAGCGGAUCUGCAUUGAAUCAACUCAAUAGUCCAUGGGGAUUGUAUGUAGAUGACGAUAAUACCAUCUAUGUUGCGGAUACAAGCAAUCAACGAGUGGUCAAAUGGGCAUCUGGAGUCUCUAGUGGACAAGUGGUGGCUGGUGGAAAUAGAUUAGGCAACCAAAAUAACCAGCUAUGGGGUGUGACAAAUAUUGCUAUUGAUAAGAAUGGAACAAUGUUUAUGUGUGAUCGUUUUAACAAACGAGUACAGCGAUGGUAUAAGAAUGACAAUCAUGGUCAAACGAUCAUUGCUAAUAUUGCAUGUUCAGGAUUGACAAUGGAUUAUGAAGGAACGUUGUAUGCCUCCGACUAUGAAAAAAAUAUUGUAAUGAAAAUGCCUAGUGGUCAGGUGGUUGCUGGUGGAAAUGGCAGAGGAUCUGCUCUUAAUCAACUCUCGUAUCCGAUCAGUUUGUUUGUCGAUCGGGAGAAGUCAGUUUUCGUGGCUGACUAUUAUAAUAAUCGCGUGAUGAAAUGGCAGGUUGGCGCCCAUGAAGGUAUUGUCACGGUUGGUGAUAAUAAACAAGAAGCUGAUGCAAAUCAAUUCAGUAGGCCUGUUUCCGUAGCCGUUGACAAAAGUGGUACUCUCUAUGUUCUUGACUCGUUCAACCAUCGUGUGAUGCGUUGGUUCAAAGAGAACGAAUCGGUCAGUGUCAUUGUUGGAGGACGAGGUUCUGGCAACCAGACAAAUCAACUAUCAUAUCCAUAUCAUUUAACAUUUGAUCGUCACGGAAAUUUGUAUGUAGCCGAUACAGCAAAUCAUCGUGUUCAAAUGUUUGCUAUUGAUAAAAGCUCUUGUGCUUCAGGUAAAUUUGAAGCAACGUUAUUGAUAAAUUAA